AUGGAUGUUACCAAAUAUGCGCGUACUCUGAAAGAAGUGGAAGAUGAUUUGAUGUUUGGUCAGUUUUGAAGUCUGCGUAUGGAAAUAUAAAUGAGUUAAAGGUGCUUUACCUGAUAGCGAUUCGAGCGAUGUUGAAAAUCAGGACUACGACGCUGUCAACGAUGAAACUUUUGGUGGAGAAGUUCCAGUCGUUGAUACUGAACUUGAAGACUACGCAGCUCAGGUAAUCUCCCUUCUAAGUUUUUUUAUUGUGAAGUUAGAUGUAAAAAUUUUUCGCAUAAUUUUUUUGUUAAUUUAUUCAAUCUUCAACUGAAACGAAAAAGCUUUUUUUCACUUGAAAUUUUGCAAAAGAGAAAAAAAUUUAAUUUGAUUCGAAUUAGGAACUUUUAAUAAACCUAAAAGCUCGUGCUCAUUUUAAUGUGGGCAAUUUUUAUUUUCUGUCGACCUUUCAACUUUUUUUUUUAUUUUCAGACUGCUCGGUUGCGGUUGGAUGAUCCAGUUUGGAACCAGCCAGCCACCUCCAAUGCUCCUGAUGCAUCGCAAAUCCCAAUGCCAGAUUCUUUCUUCGACACUUCCAUUUUUUUCAAGAGUGAUAUUGGCAAUUCGUUCGGAGGCGACGGAUUGGUUUUUACCCUUUUUUUCUUCUUAAUUUUGAGUUUCUUUUUAAGGGGAGAUCCAUUUGGGGUACGUCGUUGACCUCUAAUCCUUUUAGUUUAUGGAGUUCGCCAGAUCAAGUAAAUUUGCAACAGGUUUUUUUUUUCAUUUUUUUUUUCAUAAUUUUUGUUUGAAGGAAAGUUUGCACGACUAUAUGGAUCAAAAGCUUCCUAGCUUUUUUUCAACGGAAGAAGUGGCUGAUGAUAUACCAAAUGUUCCGAAAAUUCCAGCAAUGCCGAACGCGAUGACGGUUUAUCUUUUUUGAAGUUGAAAAUAUUCGAUUUAGUUUAGUUGGAAGAUUUGGAACGGAGUCAGGCCACUCCAGACUAUGAAACAGAAAAUCUGCCUGAGGAGCUGCUGGAAGAUUCAAUCCGAACUCUUCCAUCGAUACCUGCAAGUGCACUCUCCAUCGAAGAACUCGAACGGAAUAUCAUGGCUGUUCGUUUCAGUUUUUUUUUCGAUCUCAUAAAACUUUUAUUGUAGCAAUCCAGAACUGAGGAGCCUCAAAGAUCACCGGAGAAGGCAGCCUACAAUAACAUGCAGAGGGUUUUUCACUCCUUCUAAUAUUAAAAUUCAGCUUUUUUUUCGUUUAGAAUGAUGGAAUAGACUAUAGAAAUGCGAGAUUUGGACAGCCGGCGAUACCUGUCGCACCUUUUCUUCCACUGGUACCCCCGCCAAUGAUGCAGCCAAGCUUUCCUCCGAUCCCUCCGAUGCCUCCACAGUUUCUUCCACUCCUGCCACUCUGGAUGAACCAUAUAUGUGGUCGAGCUCCUUUUCUCCCGCCUAACGUUCCUCCGCCACCUCCAUUCCUCAUUCAUUUGGUGCAAGUUGUGAAGGUUCGUCCGAAAAGACUGUGUCUCACUUUUUGACUUUCCCAGGAUCCUCGAAUCGCUAUUUCGUUGAUAAUGCAGUCGUCAGUUCCGCGAAACCAAUUGCCACUCCCCAACAUGGCAUUCAUUCAGCAGCAACAACAGAAGGUUUCCGGCAUACCUUUUUAUUUCUUAAAAGUUUUAUGUCCGUUCAGAAUUCCUUCCGCAAACCUCCUGGAAUGCCCUCUGGAAGGACUAUUCAGGAUCUAGCUUUCGAUGCAUUCGCUGGAUACAUGUCUUGGAAGGAGCGAGAAUACCUUGUUAAAAUCCAAAUAAUGCAGUGCCAAGGAAAGGGCGACUCCUAUUCUGUCGAUCAUUACUAUUUGGUUAAUUUGCCCUUUCUUGGAAACUAACUAAGAUGUUUUGAAGGUUUGGCGUGAGAAAAUGAUAGCUUCUGGCUGGACACCAUCAGUCAAAGCGAACGUGGAAGCAGAAUAUGAGAAGAAUUUAUCAAAGGUUUUUUUGUAUUGAGUUUCUGAUUUUAACGCAAUCUGAUAGGAUUAUGAGGAACGGGCCAGGCAGAUGAACUACCGCAAUCAACGCAGAGAGCGUGAGAAAGAAAGAGAGAGGGAAAGAGAAAAGGAACGAGAAGAACGCGAAAAAGAGCCCCGAGUACGGCAGACGCUUUCGGCCAAAUUCGCUGGAAGCCUGGGACUUCCGUCAAAGUCUUCAACAGCAAAUCCUCGCCAUGUAUUUCAACUUUAGUUACGAAUUCAAUAACCGAAGCUGUUUCAGUUGCUCGAAAUGAAUGUAAAAAGUAAUGAAACGGGGAAAAACGGGCAAAACAUCGACGAGGAGAAACGGCAAGCAGCUCAAAAGAAGUUGAGAGUGAUGUUGAUGCGCCUUGAAUCCGCUAUCUCCUUACUGAUAGAAGCUGAAGAGUUGAAAAAGCCGGUAACCAGGGAUAUAAAAUUCGUCACAAUGCCUCCGUUAGUUUUUUUUUCAUUUAGUUAUUUUUAUUUUUCUUUACAGUGAGGAAAAAUCAGUCGAACUGUCUAGUCGGCUAGUCACUAUCAUCAAUGAGAUCAUGGGAGACGAGCUCUACAAAGUUAUGCAGGUUUUCGUUGAGCUUCAAUUUUUGGUUAUUCUGUUUUCAUAGAUGGGCAAAGGGCGCAGUGUGAUUAGACGGUUGCUGAACGUUGCUCCUCCAAAAGACCAAGCUCGAGUUUUGCUGGCGGUCAUUUCGGCCAGUGGCCUUGUUAACAAAAAGUUGGCCAAAGAGGUUCGUGGAGUUUUAUGCUGCUUCGAUGUCACUAAAAAUUUUUAGGUUUCGACCGAUUUGGUUCCUGUUUUUUAUGGGGCUUUGUCGAAUUUGAGUCGGGAUCAGUUGUGCCUACUGCUAUCUGCUUUGAACACAGAUUCAUUGAAAAAAAGUAUUUAGUAGAAAAAAAUGUGGUAGGUUCUUUUUUGGUUUUUUUCUCUUUAUUCUUUUUUUCUUAGUUUCAAUACCAUUCUCCCAAUUUUUCGUACAUGAUUUUUUUAAUUUUGUUUUUGGAACUCUUUUUUUUCUAGUUUUGUCCUAAAAAUAUAUAGUCUCAGAUGUAUAUGAAGACCUAAAAGCUCGUUCAUUAUUCGUCUCAGCUUUGAACUUUUUUUAUUUAAGAAAUGAACAACUGUCGUUCUGCGGUUUUCCAUGAAAUUAUUUACCUGACUUUUUCAAUAAAAAUUUAUUAAACAAAAACCAUGCCAAUUUUCAAUUAAAAAAACAAUAUUCACAGCUUUCUUCACAUAGUUGAAUUGAAAGAUCUAAAAUUUUUGAAAUAAUUCAAAAACCUAAAAAAAGGAUAGUAAAAUUGUAAAGAAAAUGUUUUUUAAGGUUUCACGGGAUCUUCUUAUAACGUUGCUCUACGUAUGUGGACAGAAAAGUUUCGCCUUAUUCGAUCCACGACUUUCAUUUUUACAAUCUUCUUCGUUCCCCAAUCUUUUGUGGACAGACGCUGCCAGGUAAAAACCUCCAAACCAAUUAUUUGGACCGCCAACAAUGUUUUCAGCUCUAUGAAGACGUGGUUCACGGCGAUGUCAAUCAGCAUCGACGAGGUCAACGGCUUCUGCACGUGGCUCCGUGGAUUCCCGUUUCCUUCAAGUUCUCAAAUUAG